AUGACUCCACCACCUGUGUCUCCUGUUCCUUCCUCCACCGUUUCUUCUAAAGCUCCAUCCACCGCGUCGACAGAUCACAGCGACAAUGGAGAGCAGCAGAUGACACGGGCCCUCGAGGACAUACGAAUCUCGGUCCCGCCGAAUGGCGAUGUCCUGCCCACCCCGCCUCAGCAAGCCAAGAUCGCAAAACCAUCAAUGGCCCAUCGUCUCACUCGAAUGUUUAGUGAACGGAAACCAACACCGCCAAUAUCAAAAGACUCGGAUGCUACUCGGGAUACUGGCUCUGAGUCCAGCUCUGACGGCCCCAAGCCGUCUAUGAAUGGCGCGGUCCGACCUUCCCCAGCUCAUCAACCACCCUCUCGUCAAACAUCCGUGAGCGAAAAACCGAGUGAUGGAGUCAAGGGUCGAGGUAAAGAAAAGGAUGCUCCAGUACAUAAGCGAUUCGAAAUGCUGGAUGGCACACAUAAGCACCAUCUCAAAGGCACCAAACGCCAAGAAAAACUGACGGGGCUGCUUCGAGAUAUGCUUGGUGCAGGGAAGAAGAAAGACGACCAUGUCGAUGACCAGCAAUUAUCCCUGGUGUCGAGUUGGGUCGACCAGCUGAAGAACGAACGUGACAAAUUGGCGCAAGACAAGAAAGGAGGGCCCAAUGCCACCGCGACAUUGGUAGAUAAAUACGGCAAGUGUCAGGAGAUUGUCGGCCGUGGCGCUUUCGGUAUCGUUCGGAUAUCUCACAAAGUCAAUCCAAAGGAUUCUCGGGUGGAACAAUUAUACGCAGUGAAGGAAUUCAGACGUCGACCUCAGGAAACAUCCAAGAAAUACCAGAAACGACUCACUUCUGAAUUUUGUAUCUCGUCGUCUUUGCGUCACCCCAACGUGAUCCACACUUUGGACCUUUUACAAGAUGCAAAGGGAGAUUAUUGCGAAGUGAUGGAGUACUGUGCGGGAGGCGAUCUCUACACUCUUGUAUUGGCUGCUGGCAAGCUUGAAGUCACCGAAGCGGAUUGCUUUUUCAAACAACUUAUGCGCGGUGUCGAAUACAUGCAUGAAAUGGGUGUCGCCCACCGUGACUUGAAGCCCGAAAAUCUCCUCCUGACAACCCAUGGUGCUCUCAAAAUAACUGAUUUUGGAAAUGGCGAAUGCUUCCGCAUGGCUUGGGAGAAAGAAGCGCACAUGACCGCCGGCUUGUGCGGAUCUGCCCCUUAUAUCGCACCAGAAGAAUACACCGACAAGGAAUUUGAUCCCCGGGCUGUCGAUCUCUGGGCAACAGGCGUCAUCUAUAUGGCAAUGAGAACUGGAAGGCAUCUAUGGCGAGUCGCUCGCAAAGACGAAGACGAGUUUUAUGAGCGCUAUUUGGAAGGUCGUAGGGACGAGGAUGGUUACGCGCCUAUUGAGACGCUGCACCGAGCUCGUUGUCGUAACGUGAUCUACUCCAUUCUUGAUCCCAAUCCUGGCCGACGUAUCACCGCAUCCCAGGUAUUAAAGUCCGAAUGGGUACGUGAGAUCAAGCUGUGCAAGGCUGGUGAAGAAGGCUACUGA